UUUCUUUUGACACUAGCGGCUUCUUAAGCGGAAGAUCCUUUUGAAGGGAGGGGUUGCCUGGACUACCCAUCAAAAUCUACCCAUUAUUCCUUUAAAUUUCGGAAAUUUGUUCCACUCGGCAACAACUGCAGAGGCCAGGUUUUGGACGCCUCGUGCUGCUUUCCAAAAUCCUGUUCACUUAGGCAUGCUCGAUGAGUGCUGCAACGCUGCCAACCUUGAAUCAGAAAAUACUCAAAAGGAAGAAGAAGAAGAAAGUCGUGGAGUAUUGAAAGCUUUUAGCUUUGUGAAGCUCAAGAUGGGACACAUAUCUGGGCAAUGUUGGGAUGUCUAGGCUUGGGUGGAGACGUGGACUUAUGGAAGAGGUCACUCAAGCAGAUAAGGUUCAGAAAGAAAACUCCACAUCUGUUGCCAGCAAUGCUCAUGGGGAGAAGUAUAGGAAACCAAAGCCUACAAAACCGAAGCCUUUUAGGUUUAGAACUGAUGAAAGAGGGAUGUUUAAGGAAGCAACUUUGGAGAAAAAAGUUCAUGCACCACUGAAGGAGAUCACAUUAAUCAGGACUCCAGGGGCAAAGUCAACAAGCAAACAUCAGAAUGUGAUACAGGCAAAACAUUGGAGCAGUUGGUCAUAUUUGGAAGAGCAAAGGAGGAUGGGGUUCUUGGUGUUGCAUGAAGUUUGUGUAUUAGAUGGACAUCCAUCCUGUCUCCGACGGAGGAAAUUUGAUGUCACCAUCUUCAACUUUCCUCAUGCAGGUCAUUACUCUUGGCUAAGUGAAAAGUACUCGGAGUUUAUUGAUUACCGUCAUCGGCCGUGAAAAGUGUGCCGGACCGUACUGUACAAAUCCACUCGAAUACCAGGAUUCGCAGUUGAAGCUCCCUCUGUGCAGUGUCCAGUGUUACAAGGCCAUACACCGAAAGAUGGCUCUUCUGUCUGCCUGUUGAUUCGGCUGAAACUGGCGUUGCAGGAUAGGCCUGCAGCACUUCAUUAAAAAAAAAAAAAAAAAAAAGAAACCUUUCUCAAGUGAUUGCAAAAUUGGUUGACACUGGGAAACUAUGACGGUUUAAUGGUGGUUGGAAUCAUUAAUCAAAAGUGGGUUUCUGUAUCAGGAAUUUCAUGAAUAGUAUUGAAAUAUUGUGUAUAUAAUUGACGGAUAUUUUGAUCCCUUAUAUUGUUCAGGUGGUGAGAUGUUGCCUCCAAGUUGUUGAUCGAAAUUAGAUGUACUCUGUUGCAAAAACUUUUGUAAUGUCACUCUGUCGUUGUUGACAUGAGAGGGCUGUUUUGCUCCUUAUUUUGUUCUUAAUGUCAAAAUUUCAUAAUGUCAGGUGA